CUAAGAAGACUCUCUCUCUCCACCUCUCUUUCUCUCUAAAAUCUCGUUCUGUCUCCGGCGAAGUCGCCGGCGGGAAGCUAAAAGGCAGGUAGCAACGAAUUCCCGGCGAGAUAAUCCGACAAUGCGAGGGUUACGAGCUUCAUCGCUUCUACUCUGUGGUGUUGUUCUGAUUCAGCUGCUUGCUGCUCAAAUCGAUGCUCAAAGACCUAAAAGUCCAUGGCCGACGCUCACGGGUGAUCCUCCUCUUGUGAUAGCUCGUGGUGGAUUUUCUGGAUUGUUUCCAGAUUCGAGUUUCGAUGCUUACAAUUUCGCAAUGUUGACAAGUGUAUCAGAUGUUGUUCUAUGGUGUGAUGUUCAGCUAACCAAAGAUGCUCUUGGUAUUUGCUUCCCUGAUUUAACCAUGAGCAAUGCUUCAUCUAUUGAAGUUGUUUACCCAACUCGAAAAAAAUCUUACCCGGUUAAUGGAGUUCCUACUUCCGGUUGGUUCACCAUUGAUUUCUCCUUGAAAGAUCUCAAAGCUGUUAACCUGAUCCGAGGAAUAUUAUCUCGCUCAGAAAAAUUCGAUGGUAAUCUUAACCGGAUUAUGACGGUUCAAAGCGUAGCCACGCAGAUGAAACCGUCAUUCUUUUGGUUAAAUGUUCAGCACGAUGCGUUUUACGCGCAACAGAAUUUGAGCAUGAGCAGUUUUCUGGUUGCAGCUUCAAAAACUGUUCCCAUUGACUUCAUCUCUUCCCCUGAAGUGAACUUCUUUAGGAAAAUUGCUGGUCGUUUCGGGCGUAAUGGACCCAGUCUUGUGUUCCGGUUUCUCGGUCAAGAAGAGUUUGAGCCAACAACAAACAGAACCUACGGGUCUAUCUUGAGUAACCUGACUUUUGUCAAGACUUUUGCUUCAGGGAUCCUUGUUCCCAAGUCUUACAUAUUGCCACUCGAUGACCAGCAGUACUUGCUUCCUCAUACAUCCUUAGUUCAAGAUGCUCACAAAGCAGGAUUAGAAGUUUUUGUGUCAGGUUUUGCAAAUGAUAUUGAUAUUGCACAUGACUACAGUUUCGAUCCAGUCUCUGAGUAUCUAUCUUUUGUGGACAAUGGCAAUUUCUCUGUCGAUGGUGUGCUUUCUGAUUUUCCUAUAUCUGCAUCUGCAUCUCUCGAUUGCUUCUCCCACAUUGGCAGAAACGCUACAAAACAAGUGGAUUUUCUUGUUAUAUCCAAAAAUGGUGCGAGUGGAGACUAUCCUGGAUGUACAGACUUGGCAUAUGAGAAGGCAAUCAAAGAUGGUGCUGAUGUAAUCGAUUGCUCGGUCCAAAUGUCCAGCGACGGCACACCCAUUUGCUUAAGUUCGAUCGAUCUCGGGAACAGCACAACAGUCACCCAAACUGCUUUCAGAAACCGUUCAACAACUGUUCCUGAGUUGGGCUCACUUGGUGGAAUAUACACUUUCAGUCUCACAUGGCCUGAGAUCCAGACCUUGACUCCUGCUAUUUCAAACCCCUACAGAGUAACCAGUCUGUUUAGAAAUCCAAAACAGAAAAAUGCUGGGAAGCUUCUUUCACUUUCUGAUUUCCUAAACUUGGCAAAGAACUCCACCUCUCUCUCCGGUGUUUUGAUCAGUGUAGAGAAUGCGGCAUACCUGAGAGAGAAUCAAGGGCUUGACGUUGUUAAAGCGGUUCUUGAUACACUCUCACAGACUGGCUACAGCAAUAAGACAGCCACAAAGGUCAUGAUUCAGUCAACAAACAGCUCGGUUCUAGUUGACUUCAAGAAGCAGAGCCAGUACGAGACUGUCUAUAAAGUUGAAGAAAACAUCCGUGAUAUUCUCGACUCUGCUAUUGAAGACAUAAAAAAAUUCGCUGAUGCUGUUGUGAUCCAAAAAUCAUCAGUCUUUCCUCUCGCUCAGUCGUUCAUCACAACGCAAACCAAUGUUGUGGAGAAGCUGCAGAAGUCUCAGCUCCCAGUUUAUGUGGAACUGUUUCAGAAUGAGUUUUUAUCUCAACCAUAUGACUUCUUUGCUGAUGCAACCGUUGAGAUAAACUCUUAUAUCACUGGAGUCGGUAUAAACGGAACCAUCACCGAGUUCCCUUUCACAGCUGCAAGAUACAAAAGGAAUCUAUGUUUGGGCAGAAAAGAAACUAUACCUUACAUGGCCCCUGCCCAACCCGGUGCCCUCUUAACCCUUGUGAGUCCUACGUCCUUACCUCCAGCCGAAGCUCCAAACCCGGUUUUCACAGAUGCUGAUGUCACUGAGCCACCACUACCUCCGGUUACAGCAAAAGCCCCAACCUCAACCCCUGGAACCCCAUCAACCAAUGCAGAAGCACCUAGUGGACAAACCCGAAUCACUCUAUCUGUUCUACUUUCCGUUUUUGCAAUGGUUCUUGCCUCCCUUCUACUUCUGUGAUCAACCCUUGAUCUCAUCUCCUAUGUUGAUAAUGUCUUCCGCCCUCUGGCGACUUCUCUAUGCAUGUUGUCUGCUUAUAUUCUAGUUCUGUCCAAAAAACAACAGGUUAUUCU